GUUUGACGGCCGACGUCCUCCGCCCUCCAGCCUCCUCCUCCCAUCCACCAAACGUCCGCGAAAGGCUUCGCAUUUUGAAGGUUGAAGGCGAAGCAGCACCGAGUCGGGCCGACCUGGCUCGACAAGCCAGGAAAGAAGCCUCCCGAAGCCGAGGCGGAACGCCUCCACCCGGGCUGUCCCUCCCCGAGCUGACCCCCGCCAAGGUCCCGUCCUCAUCCUCCUCCUCCGGGGCGGAAUUACCGCACACGCAGACGGACACUGACGGCUGAAACCUCGCUUUGAAGAAAGUUCGGCGACGCACAAAAUGCGGCCGCGUUGUGGCGUGGCUCCUCUUCAAGGUCAGAUUGUGAGCGACGCCGCCCGUGGAGACACUUUACCGGCCACUGGGAAGGGACCGAGCGGCGUCGAGGGGAUGCCGCUGACCGUCGCUCGUCUCCCGCAUCAGCAAUGACACAUUUCCCCCGGGAGGACAUCGACGGUCGCAGAGUAAACUUGUAAAAGCUCCGGAAAAGGAACCGGUGGAGUUUUUCGUCCAGCAGCGACGUUGUGGCUCUCCUAGUUUAUGAGCGACUAUUAAUUAUCUUGACGUUUCCUGCUUCCUUCCUCGGCCUCGUCGCUCACCUGGCUAGCAAGACGCUCCGCAGCGGCUAGCUCACCUUCCUGGGUCCGGGUCCGGACGCCUUCUCGGCGGUCCCACGCUUCAACACUCGCUCGGUUCGUGCGGCGAAGUUCGAACCGACAGGCCGCCCAACUUCCUUGAACUUUAAGGCGUUUCCACCUCCUCCAGCCAUGCCGCCGCGAAGAGGCUCUCGGCAGCCGGGCGGCUUCGGCAGCGGCUUGCCGGAGCGCGGGCUCCUCUUGCUGGUCCUCCUGGUGCUCCUGGAGGGCUCCGUGCUGCCCCUGGGCGCCGCCAGCUCGCCGGAUGUCGGCCACCGACACGACUCGGACGUCCACGCCGUGCCGGAGGAGAGGCACAACUUCACCAAGAAGCCCUUCCCGGUGCUCAGCUUCGAGUACGAACACAUCCAGACCCCCUUCGAGAUCUCCCUGUGGGUCCUGCUGGCUUCUCUCAUGAAAUUAGGUUUCCACCUGGUUCCUCGCCUGCCCGGCAUCGUGCCGGAAAGCUGCCUGCUGAUCGUGGUGGGCCUGCUGGUCGGGGGGCUGAUUAAAGUGGCCGGACGGGAGGUCCCGCCCGUGCUGGACUCCAACCUCUUCUUCUUCUGCCUGCUUCCGCCCAUCAUCCUGGAUGCCGGCUACUUCCUGCCCAUCCGCCCCUUCAUGGAGAACCUGGGCACCAUCCUCAUGUUCGCCGUGGUGGGGACGCUGUGGAACUCCUUCUUCAUCGGCGGGCUGCUGUACGCCGUGUGCCAGAUCCAGCCCAACAAUCCGUCGGACCUGCACACGCUGGAGCUCCUGCCUUGCCUGCUCUUCGGCUCCAUCAUCUCGGCCGUGGACCCCGUGGCCGUGCUGGCCGUCUUUGAGGAGAUCCACAUCAACGAACUGCUGCACAUUCUGGUCUUUGGCGAAUCGUUGCUCAACGAUGCCGUCACCGUGGUCUUGUACCACCUUUUUGAGGAGUACUCUGGCGUCGGCACGGUGACGGUGAUGGACGGCGUGCUGGGCAUCAUCUCCUUCCUGGUGGUGGCGCUCGGCGGCGUCCUGGUGGGGGCCAUCUACGGCGUCCUGGCGGCCUUCACCUCGCGCUUCACCUCCCACACGCGCGUCAUCGAGCCGCUCUUCGUCUUCGUGUAUAGCUACAUGGCCUACCUGUCGGCCGAGAUGUUCCACCUCUCCGGCAUCAUGGCGUUGAUAGCCUGCGGGGCGGUGAUGCGACCCUACGUGGAGGCCAACAUAUCCCACAAGUCGCACACCACCAUCAAGUACUUCCUGAAGAUGUGGAGCAGCGUGAGCGAGACACUCAUCUUCAUCUUCCUCGGCGUGGCCACGGUGGACGGCAAGCACAACUGGAACUGGACCUUCGUCACCGUCACCAUCAUCCUGUGCCUGGUGGCACGGGUCAUAGGCGUGGUGGGGCUGACGUACGUCAUCAACAAGUUCCGCAUUGUCAAGCUGACCACCAAGGACCAGUUCAUCGUGGCCUACGGCGGCUUGCGAGGCGCCAUCGCCUUCUCGCUGGGCUUCCUGCUGGACAAGGACCACUUUCCCCUGAGGAACAUGUUCCUCACGGCCAUCAUCACCGUCAUCUUCUUCACCGUCUUUGUGCAGGGCAUGACCAUCAAGCCUCUGGUGGACCUGCUGGCUGUGAAGAAGAAGCAAGAGGCCAAGCGCUCCAUUAAUGAGGAGAUCCACACUCAGUUCCUGGACCACCUGCUGACCGGCAUCGAGGACAUCUGCGGCCAUUAUGGACACCACCACUGGAAGGACAAGCUCAACCGCUUCAACAAGAAGUACGUGAAGAAGUGCCUGAUUGCCGGCGAGCGUUCCAAGGAGCCGCAGCUCAUCGCCUUCUACCACAAGCUGGAGUUUAAGCACGCCAUCGAGCUGGUGGAGAGCGGGGGCGGAGUCAAGCUGCCCUCGGCCGUGCCCUCCACCGUGUCCAUGCAGAACAUCCAGCCCAAGAAGCCGCCCCCCGCCAAGCCCCUGGAGCGGGCCCUGCCUCAGCUGUCCAAGAGUCGAGAGGAGGAGAUCCGGAAAAUCCUCAGGAGCAACCUUCAGAGGACACGGCAGCGGCUGCGUUCCUACAACCGCCACACGCUGGUGGCCGACCCCUACGAGGACAACUUUGGCGACUUCCUCCUCAAGAAGGAAAAGAUGAUCGCAUUGGAGAAGAAGCUCCAAGACAUGAAUACCUACCUGACGGUGCCUGCUCCUCUCCCCGACUCACCCACCAUGUGCAGGGCCAGACUGGCCUCAGACCCCCAAGCGUACAGCCUGAAGGCGGCGUCGGACAGCGUGCCCACCAUCCAGGUGGACCUGGCCUCGCCCCAGUCCCCCGACUCUGUCAACGUGAUGGACGAGUUCCAGCGGGCCGGCCGGGAAGAAGAGGAGGACGGAGGGCUCAUGAUGAAGCCGCCCCCCGGGCCCGACAAGGCGGGCGGCAACGCCAGAGAGAAGCUGAUGAGGUGCCUGAGUGACCCGGGUCCGCACGAGGACGAGGAUGAACCCUUCCUGCCUUAAGCGGCAGAAGACGAGAUUGAACCUUGAGACAAGACGAGCGCCAAAGAGGAAGAGGGCUCCAGCGAUCGCCAUGACGACCAACCAUGAGAAGAUCUUGCGUCUGUAGCAUAUAUGAGAAAUGCAAGAAAAGGUAAAGAUGAAUUAAAUAGAAGUAUGGACUAGCUCAGAAGAUCUAUGCUCGGCUCUAGGGAGGUUGAGGUACAGUAAUAUCACAGAAGACACUAAAUGUACUUUUAAGUGGCUUGGUGCGUUAUUAUUUGGUUUAAGUGCAAACAGUGACAAAUUAUUUACAAUAUUUACAAACGGCAGUAAAAUGGUAUAGACCAGGGGUGCUCACACUUUUUCAGCAUGCGAGCUACUUUUAAAAUGACCGAGUCAAAAUGAUCUACCCACUACAAAAAUGCAAAACAUCUAUUUAUUUUCAAAUGUAUUGAGGAUUA